UGUACAUGACCACCAAGCGGCUGCAGACAACACCGCACACCGGGUUGGAAUACCCAGAAUGCAACAGGGAUCCCCUAAGCAACGCAACACGCCAUAAUAUCAUAAUAAAUAUGGACGCCUUGGUUCGGGUCUCGAUAACUUUGCUUCUGUCGCGUAUUUUAGAGUUUAGUGUAACGCAAAACACGACAGAUUUAAAUUCUGCAUUUACACGCGACAACGAAUCACUCGUCGACUUGUUUGGUAACCCGAAUUUAACGGUUCACGAGAAUUCCACCGCUCUAGACGUUGAGAUUGUUUCAACUGUACCAACUGUGGUCGGCACAACAGAUGAUGGCAGAUAUUUUAGUACACAGUCAACCACAGAGUAUGAACCACUGUCUAUAUCUCCACGUCAAGAAACGUUACCUCUGCCACUGUCUGGCUCCCUGCCUCCCCCUGUUACGGAUGUUUCCAAAAUCUGCCCGUGCAAUCAAAUGAAGGACAAGUGUGACCCUAACUGUUGCUGUGACCCUGAGUGCAGUGAGGAACUCGUUCUCUUCACCAGCUGUACAGUGGAAACAGUCAGUGGUGAGCCGAGGCUUUGCAGUCAGGAAGUGGCCACCUACUCCAUCAGUGAAACCAUAGAUGGUUAUGCUCAGGUGAAGACGUCUGUCCAGCAGCAGGUUAACCUAGAUGUUUUCUGCAUACAUUCAACUAACUAUGAGGCAAGUCUGUCUCUUGCUACACCUGAGAUUCCUACUGUGGGGAAUUUUGAAGGCCUCUACAAGAGUUUUGUGCAGUUCAUCUUUGGUUCAGCCAGUGAUGGAGCCACAUCGCCUACAGGGGAACCUCUUACCUCGUCUCGAUACCUGUAUGGAGAUGUCAUAGAAACAGAGGAGGAAAAUGGAGGAAGGGGUUUUUUCCGGUUGCCAGCGCCCUCUGUUACGACUCAAUGCUCCGACUUAAACCCUGCAGCAUUCCUGAAGGACCAGAGCAGUAGGUGCAUGCAGAGGCUGGUUCUGGAGCAGGACUGUACCACCCUGAAGGCACUGAACAUGCGGAGCUACACUGACCUCCGCCUCCGCUCUAUGAACAGUAACGAUGCGGCCGUUUUGAGUGUGGAGGUGGUCUCCGUCUCCCUGCAGUCUUUGGAGGGGACCCAGACCCAGCUAAACCUCACUGGUAACCCCAGUAUGGACCCGUUCCUGUUGGCCCCUGAGGCCCCCAACUCAGCCGUGUGCAACAACGUUGUACUUCAGGUCGGUUACUCAUUUACAUACAGUGAAGCUGGUGACAUUGUAAAAGUGACUGCGUCCUUAGUCCUGGGAGCAAUCGACCAUAACAUGGUGCCAAUGGAGCAGGAGUUUAAAAUUAUAUUCAUUCAGGAGAACGUAGAAGACGUGCCCUCCUCCAGUGGCAACCCUGGUUAUGUGGUGGGGCUCCCUCUACUGGCUGGAACUAAAACAGCAGAUGGAAUAGUUCAGAGUGCUGAUUCGAGGGGAGCUCUGAAUCUCCUCCAUGGCUCCAAAAACCCUGACUGUCUCAGAGGGCCUCAUCAGCGUUCACCCGUCCUGUUUGGGGUCAACAUGGUGUCCGGCUGUACGCUGAGUUUGGAUGACACUGCUAACUGCACCGUGAUCUCAGAAUUGAUUCUAGGAGUGUUGAGGGGACAAGGCUUCCCUCAGUAUGUGGCUUCUUUUGGAAAUUCCCCACCUCAGAACCUAAAGGACUGGGUGCCAAUAAGGAACCAAACCAAACCCAUGCAGGAAGUUCAGAGUUGCAGCAUUCCCCUGUCUCUUCACCUGGAAGUGCAAUGGACCCAAUACGGAUCCCUGGUGAACCCCCAGGCUCAGAUCAUCAGUGUCAUGGAAGUGAUUCAGACAAACACCAGCAAUCUGGUAUUGCUCUCUGGAGGCAGCCGCACCAUAUCUGUCACCACCUCUGUGACCUUCAUACCCAUGUCGGCAGCUGCCCGGCCUGGCUUUAAGGCUUUGCCCACUAUCCAAGCCAAGCUGCCUUAUGACUUCUUCUUCCCUUUUGUGUAGAAGACUGACAGAUCGUGACAAGGUGUUACACACACUAAAACCCCCUAUGUUCUAAUAUCCUCAAUACAUUGCUUUUUUCUAAGUGGUCAGCUGGCGUGGAUAUGGGAACAGAGCUUCUCUAUUGUCACACAGUACAUCCUCUUUAUGGUUACCCAUUGAUGAAAAUGUGACAAAAAAAUAUAAAAUUGCACUGAUUGUUCUUUGAUGUAACAUAAAUGCUGUUCACAAAAACCUAAGCUUUUAUUUAUAUGUAUAUAGUUCAGAGCAAAGGAUUGCUGUUUAUUUCACUUUUCUUUUUUUAAUAAAGGACAUUAUAAUACUUUCACAGUGACUCACUUGAAUGAAGCAACAGUACAGGUGCUGGUCAUAAAAUUAGAAUA